AUGACAUUAAAUCCGAACGGCGGCUACGAAAGAGUUAAUAGCGGCUUCGCAAUACUCUCACAGGGGAGUAUCGGCAGAAAUGGAAAUGUGAUGAGUGCAGGAGCCUUGAACCCAAGAGUAAUAACAGUGACACGCCGGCAAGUGCACAUGAUGAUGAUAAAGUUACACGCCGUCGAGCGGCAUCAGCUUGGGUCUGACGCCAUUUCAGACUGCGCGCAUGGCUCCCCUCUAGUCAACACGAUAGAGUCACAGAAGGCCGAACUAAAUGAGCGUGACCAGGAACUUUCUUUGAACGAUAUCGAGGUCACCUGCGUGCCGGAACAGCGGGAGGAAAGUCUUCAACAGGACACAGUCAGUGCGACGCGCGUUGGCCGUUUACCCGAGACUAGCAUAGGCGGUGCGGCUCGGCGACCGCGUCCUAUCGUCGUCCGUCUGGUGCGACCUGCAAAGUGCGAUGAGUUGUUGCGUGCUGCGCAUGUUCGUCAUGGAGUCACAACCGCUGGAGUCGAUCUACCUGGUGUAUUAAUGAACGCUUUAUUCGUACAAAUCGUUCGUUGUUUAGACAGCGCGUGA